AUGUCUCUCCCCAGCUUGGAGAAGGCGUUUGCUGCCGUGGCAGCUGACUUUGAUGGCAAGCUUGACAUCUUUGUAGCUUGCGCCGGUGUGAACAAGAACGUUCAGUUCCUCGACACCGAAGAGGCAGACUUUGACAGGCUCUAUGGUGUCAACUGCAAGGGACUCUACUUCUCGGCAAAGAUGGCUGCUAAAGCCAUGAUCGCCAAUGGCACCAAAUGCGGAAGCAUAAUCUUCGUUGCGAGUAUCGCAUCGUACAUUGCCAUUCGCUCCCAACGAUCUACGGCGUAUUGCGGUACAAAGGGCGCCGUUCGAGCAAUGGUCGCUCCGAUAGCUGCCGAGCUCAACAAGUAUGGAAUUCGGGUCAACUCCAUCUCGCCUGGCUAUGUGCGGACGGAAAUGACGGCUCCCUUCCCUGAUCUUCUCGAGGGGUGGAAGGAUGAGAUCAUGAACGGCAGAGUAGCAGAGCCUGAUGAUAUCAAGGGAGCCUGCGUUUUCUUGGCGAGUGAUGCCAGCAAAUACUGCCAGGGAAGCGAUAUCUUGGUUGAUGGCGGAGUGACCAAAUGUUCAAUCAGUGCAGCUGCAUGCUUAUCUUUCGCAGCGUCACAUGCCGUUCGCAUACAUGUCAUCUCUCCGCCAUUUAUCAUUGAUAUUCAGGUUUCUAGACUUGACCGCAACUUCGAGAAUAUGGGCCUUUUUGCCGACCUAUUGGCGAUUCUCGCCAAAGAAUCGUUCAAACUCCCACUAGUUGCUCCAUUGGCUACGCUUUGCACCUACUUCUUCUUUAACGUCUUCCUCCACCCACUCCGCAAAGUCCCGGGUCCUUGGAAAGCGACAUUAUCACCAUUAUGGCUGUGGUACCACUCAUAUGCAGGGGAUGAAACGACCUCGGUCGAAGCUCUGCACAAGAUUUACGGCCCAGUCGUCCGGAUUGGCCCCAACGACAUUGAUAUUAGCGACGGCGCGGCUCUUGCGCCCAUUUACUCCGAGAAGGGCGGAUUUCUGAAAACACCAUGCUACAGCAAUUUCGACUUUGACGGCCACCCGACAAUAUUUUCGGCUCUAGAUCCUGCACACAGGGCUGUCAGAUCAAAAGCUGUAGUCAGCAUGUUCAGUCCAGCCUCCAUACGAAAGGAAGGCGAUCAGAUACUGAGAUCCUGUGUCGAUAGGCUGAUGGAACACAUCAGACAGGAAGCAGCAUCAGGCAAGCCCGUCAAUAUGCUGAAUAUGGGUAGAUGCCUAGCCCUUGAUGCAGUAACGGAGUAUCUCCUCGGCAAGACAUAUGGAGGAAUUUCUGAGCUUGAAGCCAGCAGGAGCGCCAACGACUCCAGCAAGCUGUCGGCCAGCGAGUUCGUAGACACUUUUGUAGCAGUCGGGCGGUUCUUCUUGCUUCCAAAUUGGAUCUUCCACGCCUUCGAGUGGGCUCUCCCAAAGCUGUUCCCGGAUCAGAAAGUUGAUGAGUCAAUGGAUCUCGUCACAAGUUUCUGUAACCAGGUGGUUGCUGAGGCCGAUCCUGAGAAGGAUCAAACAUAUCAGGCUCGGUUACUACGAGCUGGCAUCAGCAAAGCAGAAGCUGCUAUUCAGUGCAUGGAUCUGAUGUUUGCCGGCACAGAUAGCACUGGUAUGAACUUUGGUGCCAUCUGUUGGCAUUUAGCACAAUCACCCUCGACAUAUCAAAAGCUCAAAGAAGAGCUUGCAUCACCAGAGACAGCGCAAGCUGAUCCGCAGACACUUCCCUACCUGCGUGGAGUAGUGCGUGAGGGACUCCGAAUGUCCAUGGCAAAUCCUACACGUCUCCCACGUGUUGUACCGCCCACCGGAUUUUCAUUUGCAACCAAGAUGCCAUCCGGAGAGACCAAGAAUUUUGAGUUCCCGGGCGGAACUUGGAUUGGAUGUGCACCUUUCAGCUUGCAUUUCAACGACGCUGUCUUCCCAAACCCGCAAGAAUUCCAGCCGGAGCGGUGGCUUGACCCUAGCGAGGAAAUGUUACGCGACGCUAUUCCCUUUGGACUUGGACCACGGCAGUGUAUUGCUCGUAACCUUGCUUCGAGUGAGCUCUUUUGGGCGGUCAGGGCCCUGGGUACUUCUGGAGUGCUGGACGGUGCCAAGCCGACGGGGUUAAUGAAGGAUGGGAUCAUUGUGGAUGAGUGGUUCAAUUCCAAAGUUCCCGGGCAUGCUAUUGAGCUAAUCUGGGAAUCGCCGUAAUAUAUACUGGUAUGAGCGAAGUCAUCAUUGCAAGUGUUAAACUUAGCCGAACGCAAAUCGAGUUUCUAUCGCUUCCCUAACUGGUCUGGCACUGAGCGGCCUGUAGCUAGGUUCAGAAUACUUACUCCACAGCCAUACCCCCUUUGACGCAAGGCGUCGUGCUAAUCGGCCGCAGGACCCUUAGUCGGACUUUAAGAC